AUGACGAUAUUGUCAGUUCGACAGUUGAUACAACAGGCUAAGACUAGGCGAAUGGACAACGAGGACGUCGAGACUGCCGAGUCCAGCAGCUUUCGAUCACCAUUGCUAGGCUGCCAACUUGUACGGCGGGGUAUACUACACGAGGAAGACACUCUAGAGCGGUUCAGAGUGAAGGACGCUCCCUCGAAAGUCUACGUUAUUGUUACUGAUGAUAGACAUGUCGUACUGUUCGGCGGAAUCGUCGCCAAAUUGCAUUAG